CCAAGAUAAGCUUUCUCCCAUCCCGAGGCGUGCUCGGUUAUGAAGGACCUAGAAGGGCACGAGAAACUACUUAUUAUCCCAAUCUGCACGUCCUCCCUCUCAUGCAUAGAAUAGACUCAACUAUCCAUUCCCUCAAAGGCUGUUCUCCUCGAUCUAGUUGAUUGACUGGGUUUGACGCUUCCUCAUCAUGCCAGACGAUAAAAUCACCCUCGAGGCAGCCCAUCGGCGCUUCAAAGAGCCACUACCCAAACUAACCGCCAUCAAAUGCUCAAUUAUAGCUUACGCGUUACGCGUCUUUAUCGUUGUUUCGAAUUAUGGUCUUUCGCUGAAAGAAAAGAUCAUCACACCCGCCAACGGGCCGACUCUUACAAAGGGUUACGCUUGUCGACCGAAGUUACCCAUACGAAUAUUCUUUCCCAAAAGCUUCGAUAAAAACUCUCAAACAAAACUUCCUACAAUGCUUACCAUCCACGGCGGCGGUUUCGUCAUGGGUGAUCCUCGUGACGAUGAUCAUUUCAACUACACAUUCGCCAACAUGCACUCUGUUCUCGUCGUCGCGCUGAAUUACUCUAAAGCACCGCAUGUGCACUUCCCAACCCCAAUUUACGACCUCGAGGCGCUCGUCUUAGCAGUUCUCUCCGACUCAUCGCUACCAAUUGACCAAGACCGCAUCGCAAUCAUGGGUUCCUCGGCUGGUGGCAACCUAGCGCUCUCUGUAUCCCAACUCCCGAGUAUGUGCGGCAGUGGAGAUGGCGUGCGACGCAUCAAGACUGCUGUACCGAUGUAUCCAGUGGUUGAUAUGUCUGUGAGCCGAGAGUACAAGAUGCAGACUCGGCAGUGGAAACCUCAACUUGGAGGGUUUCGCGCAAAGACGAUGGAUAUGUUGUUUGCGCUUUCGCCUGUUUUUGAAGCAGCGUACUCUCUACCUGGUCAAGAUCAUCAUGAUCCACUGUUGAAUCCUGUUUACGCCGAUAAAGAUCGACUCCCGCCACAUAUGUUCUUUCUUGCGUGUGAGCUUGACAUGCUGGCGGGGGAAUCAUGGAGAAUGAUUUGUGGACUGACGGACCGUGACAUUGGAGAUGAGACCGUGGGCAGAGAGGCACCUGGGCCUAAAGGGGAGUUGAUACUGGAUGAUGAGAGGUAUUCUUUUGAGAUGAAGACUAAGGAAGGAAGUUAUAAAUGGCUGUUGAUUCCGGAUCAGAUUCAUGCGUAUGAUAAGUAUGAGAAUUUGGAGAAGCUUCACGGGGAUAAAGAGUGUUCAAGAGAUGCUGAGUUGAAGUUGAUAGAGGCUCAGAAGGUGAUUGGGAAGUGGUUGUUUGAUGAGCCAUUUGCUUGAGGAAUUUGAGGGAGGUAGAGAGACGAACUGGGG